AUGAACCUGGCCAGUCAGAGCGGCGAGGCCGGCUCUGGCCAGCUGCUCUUCGCCAACUUCAACCAAGACAACACGUCCCUAGCUGUUGGUAGUAAGUCCGGUUAUAAGUUUUUCUCCCUUUCUUCUGUGGAUAAGCUGGAACAGAUCUAUGAAUGCAAUGACACGGAGGACGUGUGCAUCGUGGAGAGGCUCUUCUCCAGCAGCCUGGUGGCCAUUGUGAGCCUCAAGGCGCCCCGGAAGCUCAAGGUCUGCCACUUUAAGAAGGGCACGGAGAUCUGCAACUACAGCUACUCCAACACCAUCCUGGCCGUGAAGCUGAACCGACAGAGGUUAAUAGUGUGCCUGGAAGAGUCACUGUACAUCCACAACAUUCGGGACAUGAAGGUGCUGCACACCAUCCGAGAGACGCCCCCGAACCCCGCAGGCUUGUGCGCUCUGUCCAUAAACAAUGACAACUGUUACCUGGCAUACCCUGGCAGUGCCACCAUCGGAGAGGUGCAGGUCUUCGACACCAUCAACCUGAGAGCUGCAAACAUGAUCCCAGCUCAUGACAGUCCUCUGGCAGCGCUGGCUUUUGACGCGAGUGGCACGAAACUCGCCACUGCUUCAGAGAAGGGGACCGUGAUCCGGGUGUUCUCCACCCCAGAGGGACAUAAGCUCUUUGAGUUCCGGAGAGGAGUAAAGAGGUGUGUCAGCAUCUGCUCACUGGCCUUCAGCAUGGACGGCAUGUUCCUCUCGGCGUCCAGCAACACAGAGACUGUGCACAUCUUCAAACUCGAGACUGUGAAGGAAAAGCCCCAGGAGGAGCCCACCACCUGGACCGGCUACCUGGGCAAAGUGCUCCUGGCCUCCACCAGCUACUUGCCCUCCCAGGUCACGGAGAUGUUCAACCAGGGCAGAGCCUUCGCCACUGUCCGCCUGCCCUUCUGCGGCCACAAGAACAUCUGCUCGCUCGCCACAAUUCAGAAGAUCCCCCGGCUGCUGGUGGGUGCGUCCGACGGCUACUUGUACAUGUACAACCUGGACCCUCAGGAAGGGGGCGAGUGCACCCUGAUGAAGCAGCACAAGUUGGAUGGCAGCGUGGAGACGGCCAGUGAGAUCCUGGACUCGGCAUCCCAUGAGGGUCCUUUAGUCACUCAGCCGUACAGCACAGCCGGGGCCAAAGGCACCUACGUGCCUCCAUCCCCAACCAGACCUGCCUACACAGACGACUUAGGCGCGGCCGGCGGCGCCUGCCUGGAGGAUGAGGCCGGCGCCCUGCGGCUGGACGAGGACAGUGAGCACCCUCCCAUGGUCCUUCGGACAGACUGA